AUGGACAGCUGCUCGAAUGACGAAGUUAUGGAGGAUGUUCUGCCUUCAUUUCAAAUGCACAAUCAACUUUUCAACAGAACCGUUCUGGACUCCAAAGAUGAAAUAGAACUCCCUGGGUACGAGGAAACAAGCUGUCCUUAUUUUGCAAGAAGAGAACUAACGUCCGAAGAGCAAGUUUCGCCGCUACAGAAUCCCGAAUUAUUGGUUUUAAACAAUCUCAAUAGUCUGCGUAAAAUAAACGCACAAGUGCGGAUUACAAUCACACUCACAGAUCAAUCGCCCUUGUUCGGUGAACCUUAUAAAAGUAGGUCACCAUUACAUUGCUAUUAUCCGGGAGAUGUGGUCAAUGGACUGGUGACUAUUGAGAAUACCGGUAAUAAAAUUAUACCGUUUGAAAUGUUCUUUGUCUCUUUGGAUGGAACUGUUACCAUACCCCAAAACGAUGUUUCUGGGACAGAAUAUACCUACCGAAAACACCAUUUGUUGAAAAGUUUUGAUUUAGCAGCCUGCUUUCACGAGUGCGACCUUUGGCAGCUUGAAAAGAGUCCCUGUACUGGAAAAGAUCCCGUUGAUGGUGCCAUCUUUGGGCUUCCAAACAGCAGAAAGUUACAGCCACACACAAAGUACAAAAAAACAUUUGCUUUUAGACUACCAUCGUUUCUUCUGGACAGUGCUUGCAACCGCCAGUAUGAGAGCCAUUUGCAGGCACCUUCGAGUCUAGGAGUGAACCCAUUUGCCAACAACGGAAGAGCUGCAAAUGCCAAAAUUAGGGCGGGCCUAGGAUACGGUCACCUGGACGAAUCAGGCGCUCCUAUAGUAACCACCAACUUCAACGAGCCUGGGCAGUCAGUAUCCUAUUCUCUCAGCGUCAAUAUUUUGGCACGGAGCGAGGAGAUAGCCAAACACGUCAAUUACCAGAAAAGCUAUGAACUUCCGUUUGUGAUUUUGGAGGAAAGCAGCGCUUUUUUGAGGUUCACAAAUACAAACCAACCCAUUACUGAAGGGGAUGUAGACCUUCAGUUGCAGGUGGAUAAGAUUGAACACCAGGCAGCUGAACUAGAGGUGACCCUUGAGGAGAAGUGCAAGCUUCAUAAAAUCGGAGUCACCGAUCAGAACGUGCUCGAAGAUCUGGUUGCUUCGGAUCACAUAGCCAAGAAAAAGAGUAGCGAUGAAGGGGAAGAGCUAGACUUUUUUGACAUUCAUAAAAUCAAGCUAAACAGAGGGUUUUUGAAAGGGGAGGUGGAACUAGAGGUAAAGGUCCAGAACAUUGGACAAAUCGUGCUACACUCAUUUGAGCCCGCAAGUCUUGGACCAGAAGGGACGGCUUUGCAGGAGAGUUUUUUAAAAGAAAUCUUGCUGAACUCGAGUGGCAUCCAUAUGUUUAAGAAGGUUGCUUCUGGUACUGUCUUGCCAAGCAUAAAAUCAGGGGAAAUACACAUUUCUUUAAAGUCUCUGGAUGGAAUGCUACCAAAAAACAUAAUGGUGAAACCAAGUCUUCGAGUUGUCAAUUUGCACUCAAGCGCGCACAUACCAUUGCACUUUGGUCUAAAGGGCACGGAGAGGUUUUACAAUUAUCAGACUGUUAUUGGAAUCAAUAGGCGGUUCGAGAGAUGGGAUGCACAGCUAAAAUCGCUCUGUAAGGAAACAGGGCAGCCCAUCCCUAGACAGUUGCACGAAGAUAUUUUGGGGCUAAAGUAUCUACGGUAUCGCGAGCACAGCAUUGACAUAUUUGAGCCUCAACGAGUCCAGCUCGAUUGGAGAUCCACUGGGCCUGCGUAUGAAUCCGAGUUCACUGCAACGAUUGUUCUCGAUGUGAAAAAAGCUCAUGGCUACCACAUUAUUCCUGAGUUCCAAACAUGUUUCCUUUCCAGACGAUACAUGCUUGACAUAAAACUUGGAGGAAGUAAAGUGUUAUCGUUACCAUUGAGGGUCUUUUGA